UUUUCUUUUACUUCCUGGUUGGUAAACGAUAAUUGUUAACCAGGAAGAUUAAGCGAAACUGUUUUUGGUGAAUUGGCGAUCCGUUUUUAAGAAUGUCUCACUGAUGUACCAUUACGAUAAUGCAUUUGUGAACAACUGAUAUGGCGCAUGCAAAUCCAGUCCCCGAAAAGACUUCUUCAGCAAAAUACUUCUAUGGGCGGAUUACCCGAGAUGAAGCAGAAAUAAUUUUACGAGAGCGCGGAUUCAAAGAGGGCCAAUACCUUCUGAGAGAGAGCAUCAGUCCACUCGGAAACUAUGCUAUCAGUCUCUGUCACUCAGGAAAGGUUCACCACUACAUCAUUGAGAAGCAGGUGGAUGGUCAGUUUAUGAUUCCUGAAGGACAGAAGUUCCCGGGUCCGCUCACCUUGAUCAGACACUAUGAACAACACCCAGCAGGCUUUGUGACAACUCCCACAAUUCCCUGCAAUCGUCUUCCAUCUCAGGCUCCCGUUGCCUUCCGUGGGAUGACCUACAAUGACCUUGAGCAAGAAAUAAUCAGUAGGGCAAAGUCUGUCAAGAAAGUCAAUAUGGACAAAGCCCUAGGUCCAAUGAGGGAGCACUUGGUGAAAAUGGUGGCCAGAGAUCUGCACACAAACAUGCCCUGGUACCAUGCCAAGAUUGAGAGGGAAGAAGCAGAGAAGCGCAUUAGGAAAGAAGGACACGAAGAUGGGAAAUUCCUAGUUCGUCAGAGAGAAGGUAGUGACAGCAAGGUUAAGCCGUAUGCUUUAACCCUGAGUCUUGAUGGAUCGUGUCGACAUUAUGUCAUUAAGUGUCAAUCAGAUGGAAAAUAUACAGUGGAUGACGGUCCUCCAAAAUUUGAAUGUCUUAUCAUGUUAGUUGACCAUUACCACAACAAGCAGGAUGGAUUGGCAUGCAAGCUGGUGAAACCGGUCUGUCCAUCAAAGUAUGACAGAGCGAAAUUCCAAAAAUAUAUGGACAACUGCAGUGAUAACUUGGUGUACUACUCUCACCAGACUGUCAAUAACCACAAUGGUGUGAAUAACAAUGCACCACCGAGAGAGUCUGCCCCAGUUCCCCCACUGGGUCAUCCAAUGAGUCGUAAGCCAUCUCAAGCAGGGAGAAAACUUCCUCCGGUUCCAAACUUAGAUGGUGACUGGGUGCAUCCAAGUGAACAAACUGACCCAAUCCUCAUUAGAGAUAUUGGGAUAAGUUCAGAAAAUUUGGAAGAUGAAUAUGUUCGUGUUCGGAAGGAUCAAGGAAAAUAUCACUGGGGUCUUGAACUGGACCGCGAACAAAUCACUUUGCAGGAAAGACUAGGUGGUGGCCAGUUUGGUGAUGUUGUGAAAGGAGUGUGUAAACUUGGAGUCCGAAACAUUCCUGUGGCCAUUAAAACUCUGAAGAAUGAACAAAUGGUUCCUGGACAAGUGCCGGAGUUGUUGAAGGAAGCACAGGUGAUGAAGGAUCUGUCCCACAAGCAUAUAGUGCGAAUGAUAGGACUCUGUAAAGGUGAUUGCAUUAUGCUGGUGUUGGAAAUAGCACCACUGGGUCCACUCAAUAAGUUUCUUCCACACCACAAGGAGAUGCAAAUAUCAAAUGUCGUUGAACUCAUGUGGCAGGUUGCUCAAGGAAUGGCCUAUCUUGAAUCGAUGAAAUUUGUUCACCGUGAUUUAGCAGCAAGAAAUGUGUUACUUGUGACUGAACGUUUAGCAAAAAUAAGUGACUUCGGAAUGUCAAAAGCUCUUGCCAGGGACAGCAAUUACUAUGAGGCUAAUACUGCUGGCAAGUGGCCGUUGAAGUGGUACGCGCCGGAGUGUGUGUACUACUGGAAGUUUGACUCUCGGUCGGACGUAUGGAGUUACGGAAUUUCUUUCUGGGAAGCGGUGUCCUAUGGCGACAAGCCAUACAGAAAAAUGAAAGGUCAAGAUAUUCUGAACUUUUUAAAUGAGGGCAAACGAUUAACCCAGCCAUAUACAUGCCCAAAUGAAGCCUAUGACAUCAUGUUGGAAUGCUGGGAGUUUGAUCCAAAUAUGCGACCCACAUUUAGUCAGUUGGUGUACAAAGUGAAGGAUCUGUUUGACAGUCUAAAAGCUGCUAGCCAGUAGCCAACGUCUUCGACAGAGUUGAUGAUUUACCAAGUUGAUGAUUCUUAUCUACAGCUGUUCAUUCUCCAGGAGAUACAUCUGCGAUUUUUAACAAACAUUUUCUGUGGGCAUUUUCCCCCUAUGCACCACAUUUUAUCCUAUAACGUUUUUUUAACUUGCCCCAGAUCAGUGUGACAAUGUCGAGGAUGGGGAGCCUUGAAUCCAUGACUUACACAGUGUCCGUAACAUCCUAUAACUUACAAGAGUUUCUGCCAGAGGGUAUGGAGGGUAAAAUUACAUACCCUAAAAUCUUUGAAAUUAAUGGAUAUAUUUUUAUGAUUUUUUAGUUAGAUGAUAGUAAAAGAACUGCUAUUUAAAAUUGUUCAAAGUACAUUAAAUGCAGUGUCCAAUUUCAAAAAAUUCAAACACAUAAUCAUCUAGUAGGUGCACUUAGGUCUAUUUUGUUUUUAUUAUGUACCCUCAAAUUAUUAUCUGGCAGAAAGCCUGCUUACCCUCAAUAUCCAUUUCAUAAACCCAUUUGAUAUUUUGUUACAUUAACCUGGUUA